CUGUAUCGACAUGCUCAACGUGAACAUAAAUUAGUAAAACAUCUUCAACAGUUGCUACAAUCUCGGCCGGAUAUAAUUGUACUACCCAUAGAUAAAGGUAAAGGAUUUUAUAUCGGCAGUAGAGCUUCAAUUGAAUAUAAAACCCAAGAAUACAUGGAUAAAACAGAAGCUUACAAAGAAAUUACCGAUGGUCGUUGCCCAUUAGCUGAUAGUUUACGUGCUGUACAAACUUUACUCGAUUAUCUUGUGAAACAAAAAACGAUUACAAAAAGACAACGGAAUAAGCUCUCACCCAACUUAAACAACUUAGAAUUAGCGCAUUUACAUACGCUGCCUAAAACACAUAAGACUGGAAUACCAUUACGACCCAUAGUUGCUGGAAUACAUGCCCCAGUAUCAUUGAUUUCGAAAUUCUUGAACAAUCUCUGCAAUCAUCCAUGA